AUGUCACGGCGUAUCUCGGCAGUUGACCCCGAUCCCAAAGAACGCUCGAACGGCGACCUUAGGGAUAAACUCAACGCAGGAGCAUGCGAUCUUCGAAUCCGCCUCAAUCGUUCGAAGCCCACUGACCUCCGAAGGCGUUUGGAGCAAACUAAGAUGUCAAGCAACGACACUCCGUCAUCAAAAAACGACAGCAGCGUACCAACCGAUUUACGCGCCUUCUUAGACUCCAAGCAGUUCUUGGAAUUGGGGAGUACGACGUCACCAAGGUCCUCAUCGAUACAGGAAGCUCCGUCGACCUCAUCUUCCGAGGAAGCCCUGCAGAAGAUGGGAGUCGAUCUCGACGACAUCAAACCAUCCUCCAGAACAUUAACCGGCUUCAACGGAUCCUCCGAAACAAUACUGGGAACAAUCCGCCUUCCGGUACGCGCAUGUGGAGUCACUCGAACUGUCAAGUUUGCCGUUGUAAGCACGAAGGCCCCUUACCACGCUAUACUUGGAACCCCUUGGAUACACUCAAUGCAGGCCAUUCCAUCUACUUAUCACCAGUGCGUCAAGUUCCCCGGUACGGACGAAAAAAUCAAAACACUGCGAGGAGAUCAAAAAGCCGCUAGAGAACUCCUAGUCGCCACAGUUAAACUCCAACGAUCGUCUUUAUCGGUUAACUCUGUCACUCCUCCAACCUAUAAAGCCUGCUCCCAGGAAGGCAAAAUUCUCGAGUUACCUAUUGAUGAUACCGAUCCAAGCCGGACCGCAAGGAUUGGUGCGUAUCUGUCUGAAGAAAUGCAGCGGUCAGUUCUCAACUUUCUCAAGGCGAAUGUGUCCACAUUCGCGUGGUCCAUGUCAGACAUGAAAGGAAUUGAUCCGGCCAUAACACCUCACGAACUAAACGUCGAUCCGACAAUCAAGCCUAUCCGACAAAAGCAACGCAAGCUCGGUCCCGAUAGGUCAAAGGCUGUAAACAAAGAGGUCGACCGGUUGCUCGGCGCUGGUUCAAUUGCUGAGGUGCGCUACCCUGAGUGGUUAGCAAAUCCAGUAGUCGUCAAAAAGAAGAACGGGAAGUGGCGCGUCUGCGUCGACUUCACAGACUUAAAUAAAGCCUGCCCAAAGGACAGCUAUCCUCUUCCCAACAUCGACCGUUUAGUCGAGUCCACGGCUGGAAACGGGAUGCUCACCUUCAUGGACGCUUUCUCUGGGUACAACCAAAUCAUAAUGCACCCCGACGAUCUUGAAAAAACGGCAUUUAUCACGGAUAGAGGAACCUACUGCUAUAAGGUCAUGACAUUCGGUGUGAAGAACGCAAGAGCAACCUACCAACGGCUUGUGAACAAAAUGUUCGCAGACAAGCUCGGCGUCACCAUGGAAGUAUACAUCGACGAUAUGCUUGUCAAGUCGCUACACGCUGCUGAUCACCUCUGUCACUUGCGAGAUUGCUUCGAAACUCUCAACAAAUACAACAUGAAACUGAACCCAGAAAAGUGCACGUUCGGAGUUUCCUCAGGCGAGUUCCUUGGAUACAUAGUCACGCAGCGGGGAAUCGAAGCCAACCCGAAGCAGAUCUCUGCGGUCCUGAACCUCCCGAGCCCAAAAAACAGUAGAGAAGUGCAACGUCUUACGGGUAGGAUAGCUGCACUCAUCCGGUUCAUCUCCAGAUCCACCGACAAAUGCUUGCCAUUCUACGACCUCCGGCGAGGUAACAAAAGGUUUAUCUGGGAUGAGAAAUGCAAGGAGGCAUUUAUCCAACUCAAGCAUUAUCUGACAACACCACCUGUUCUCGCCAAGCCAGAUAUCGGAGACGUUCUAUCUCUUUACGUCGCAGUAUCACAAGCAGCAGUCAGUAGUGUUCUAAUAAAAGAGGAUCGUGGUGAGCAAAAGCCAAUCUUCUACACAAGCAGACGCAUGACCGGACCAGAAACGCGAUACCCAACUCUGGAGAAGAUGGCACUGGCGGUCGUCGAAGCGGCGAGAAAGCUUCGCCCUUACUUUCAGUCACAUUCGGUGGAAGUAUUAACCGACCAGCCCCUCCGAACAAUACUUCAAAAUACAAACAGGUCCGGAAGACUAACGAAGUGGGCUAUCGAACUCGGUGAGCUUGAUAUCACUUACAAGAACAGAACCGCAACGAAAUCUCAGGUUCUCGCAGACUUCUUAAUCGAAUUGGCCCCGGAGUUAGAGCAAGAUCUCACACUUCCAAACCCAAACUGGACACUGCAUGUCGACGGAUCUUCGACUAACAGGGGCGCAGGUGCUGGAGUUCAACUGCAAUCCCCGACCGGCGAACUAAUCAGGAAGUCUUUUAGCUUCGGCUUUCCAGCCUUGAACAACGAAGCAAAAUACGAAUCUUUGAUCGCUGGACUCCGCUUAGCAAAAUCUGUCAAGGCCAAACGCCUAAGCGCCUACUGCGACUCGCAGUUAGUCGCUAGUCAGUUUAGCGGCAAUUACGACGCCCCCAAUGAUCGGAUGGACGCCUACCUCAAGAUAGUACAGGGUUUAGCCGCAGAGUUCGAAUUCUUCGAACUCGUCAAAGUUCCAAGAGGAGAAAACGUCUGUGCCGACGCCCUUGCAGCCCUUGGAAGCAAGCUUCGUGACCAAGUUAAACGAACUAUUCCAAUACACCGCAUUGAGAAGCCGAGCAUCGAUAUCUCGACGGACCAAACCAUCGUCAUAGCCCCAAUCGCCGAAACCGACACGCUCGUUACUGAUGAAUUCGGCCCUGACUGGCGAACUGAGUUCAUCGACUAUCUCUCAAAGGGGGAACUUCCAACCGAGAAAUGGGCAGCCCGCCGACUAAAAACACGCAGUGCCCAUUAUGUCGUCCUAGACAACGAACUCCAUCGAUGGACUGCGAGUAAAGUACUCCUCAAAUGUAUCCAUGGUGAAGAAACGGUCAGGGUUAUGGCCGAAACACACGAAGGCGCUGGAGGAAACCAUUCGAGCGGACGAGCAUUAGCAAUCAAAGUGAGAAGCUUAGGCUUCUUCUGGCCGACGAUGAACGCAGAUUGCGAGUCCUACGCAAGAAGCUGCGACAAAUGCCAAAGGCAUGCACCAAGCAUCCAUUGUCCAACUGAAAUGUUACGAAUGACGGUCGCGCCGUACCCUUUCAUGCGAUGGGCAAUGGAUAUCAUAGGACCUCUUCCAUGCUCCCGCCAGCAGCGUUUCAUUCUCGUCCUCACUGAUUACUUCACCAAUUGGAUCGAAGCUGAAGCCUACACUCAAGUCACCGACAAAGAAGUCCGUGGGUUCGUCUGGAAAAAAAUUAUCUGUCGCCACGGUCUACCGUACGAAAUCGUUACUGAUAAUGGAUCACAGUUCAUGUCGGGCAACUUCAAGGAGUUUUGCACCAAAUGGAACAUUCGUUUGAGCCCCUCUACCCCUCGUUACCCACAGGGAAACGGCCAAGCAGAAUCCUCCAACAAGCUCAUUAUCGACGGCAUUAAGAAACGUUUAGACCUGAAAAAGGGUCAUUGGGCCGACGAACUCGACGGAGUUCUAUGGAGCCACCGCACAACACCACGAGGGUCGACCAAAUCGACACCUUUCUCUCUUGCAUACGGUGUCAAGGCUAUGGCUCCCGCAGAAGUUAACGUUUCAAGCCUCCGACGCUCGAAAAUGCCCCAGUACGUCGAACUCAACAAGGAGAUGCUGCUUGAUGCCCUCGAUGAAAUUGAAGAACGACGGGACCAAGCUCUGCUGCGAAUCCAAAACUAUCAACAUCAGAUAGAGAGUUACUACAACAAAAAGUUCCGAGCCAGACCCUUUGAACUCGGUGACUUUGUCAUGCCUAAAGUGUUCGAGAACACUAAGGAGCUGAACACCGGGAAACUCGGCGCUAGGUGGGAAGGACCUUACAAAAUCAUCAAAGUUGUGAAACCAGGAGUCUACCGACUUCAAACGUCAAGCGGAGAAGAAGUGCCUAGAGCAUGGAACUCAAUGCAUCUUAGACGCUUCUACUCUUAA